GCCUGCCUGGCCCUGCUGGCCACCACCAUCGCCCUGGGGGUCUGCUGUGAGUAGGGCCGCACUGGGCUGGGAGGGAGCUCAGAGGGGGGAAGAUGGGCAGCGUUGGGGGCAGAGUGGGGGACAAAGGGGCGGCCUGGGCAAAGAAAUAUUACCCCCUCCCACCAUAGGGGCAGGGCAGCUCAGUGGAUGGGGACAGUUUCCUGAGUGGUUGUGACUCUGGAGACGUCCCCUUGGGUGACCUGCAUGGAGGGGAGGUUUGUCUGGGGAGACCCAGCACUAGGGGCAGCACCCAUGGGAGGGGCAGUGCAGAGGGGUCCUGGCUUGUGUCCUGGAUCCGGGCUGGCCUCAGAGCCCAGCUGCCUGCAGGUGCUUGCCCAGCUCCCACCAGCUUGUGCCCAUGCUCGUGCCCUGGUGCUGCUUUGGGAGACUCCCGCCGGCUACACUGUCUCUAUGGCCCCAGGGUUUGGGUGGUAGUGUGAGCACAGUGGGGUCCUGCCCCUGCAGAGGUGGCAGCACUCAGCUGGGGGUGCCAGGCCUUGCUCCUGGUGCUGAUGGCCCCAUGCCUGCAGACUGGCAGCAGGAGCAGCGGCUGCAGCAGGUGGAUAUGGUGCUGGUGCAGGCUCAAGCAGGACUUGCACAGACCCAAGCAGAACUUGUGCACAUGCAAGAGCAAGCCCGGGACCUCCAGGAGCAGCUAAGCACAUCUGAGAGUGCCCGGGCCAGCGCACAGCCCUGCCACUUCACAGACUGCUGCCCGGAGACCUGGGUGCUGCACCGUGGGAAGUGCCUGUUCCUCUCCAAGGAGAAGAAGACCUGGUUGGAAAGCAAACAGGCGUGUGAACAAGAGUCCUCCUGGCUCCUUGUCCCCUCGGACUGGGACCACACAACCAUGCCGAGCUUUCUUGCCCACAUGGACACCCUGUAUUGGAUUGGACUCCAGUGGAGAUGGGACUUGAAGACCCAAUCAGAUCACUGGCAGUGGUUAGACGGCUCCCCAUACAAAUGGCAUGGGAGUGCAAAAGCUCAUGGUUAUUUUGGCACAAUAAAAGGGGGCAGAAUAGAGAGAGGAGGCCAUGCGGCUGACAAACACCGCUGGAUCUGCGAGAAGCCAGCUGUCUGCCCCUAG